GCCGGGACUAGUGGAGGCAAGGCACCCCGCUUGGCUCGGCUCGGGGUUCUCUGUCUCCGCCACUGCCGCAGCACUGCCAGGGGAGUCCCCACCCGGGGCGCGCGCUCCUCGGCAGGCGGGGACCCCCUUUCCCCCCGGGCCCGCGGAACCCCCUGCCCGGCUGGCGCUCACACCCAGGCUAGCUCCCCCAGCCGCGCGCGCCCCGCCGGCCCCGGCCCGCUCCCCGCAGGUGAUGUCAUGCCCAUUGUUUUGGUGCGUCCAGCCAAUGGGACUCGCCGCUUGGAUUCUACCGGAGCCGGCAUGGGCCCUUCCUCGAACCAGCAGCAGGAGUCCCCGCUCCCGACCAUAACGCAUUGCGCAGGGUGCACCACCGCCUGGUCCCCCUGCAGCUUUAACAGCCCCGACAUGGAAACCCCAUUGCAGUUCCAGCGCGGCUUCUUCCCCGAGCAGCCGCCGCCGCCGCCGCGCGCCUCGCACCUGCAUUGCCAGCAGCAGCAGCAGCAGAGCCAGGACAAGCCGUGCCCGCCCUUCGCGCCCCUCCCGCACCCCCACCACCCGCACCCGCACCUCGCGCACCAGCAGCAGCCUGGCAGUGGCGGCAGCAGUCCAUGCCUCCCGUGCAACAGCUGCUCCUCCUCCGGCGCCCCGGGGGCGGGGGCGGGGGCGGGGGCGGGGGAUAACCUGUGUCUGCUGCUCCGCACCUCCUCGCCCGGUGGCGCCUUCCGGACCCGCGCCUCAUCUCCACUGUCGGGCUCUUCGUGCUGCUGCUGCUGCUCGUCGCGCCGGGGCAGCCAGCUCAAUGUGAGCGAGCUGACGCCGUCCAGCCAUGCCAGUGCGCUCCGGCAGCAGUUCACGCAGCCGCCCGCCGCCUCCCACUACCACCAGUGCCACAGCCUGCAGCCCGCCGCCAGCCCCACGGGCAGCCUGGGCAGCCUGGGCAGCCUGGGCUCGGGGCCGCCGCCGCCGCACCCUCCCCACCACCACCACCACCACCCGCACCCGGCGCACCACCAGCACCCCCAGCCCCCGGCGCGCCGCGAGAGCAACCCCUUCACCGAAAUAGCCAUGAGCAGCUGCAGGUACAACGGCGGCGUCAUGCGCCCGCUCAGCAACUUGAGCGCGUCCCGCCGGAACCUGCACGAGCUGGACUCGGAGGCGCAGCCCCUGCAGCCCCCCGCCGUCGGGGUCGCGGCCGGGGGCACUCCCCCGGUGGCCGUCGCCGCCGCUUCCUCCUUGGCCCCUGAGAUCGUGGUGUCCAAGCCGGAGCACAACAACUCCAACAACCUGGCGCUCUACGGGCCCGGGGCGGGCGGCGGAGGAGGCUCGGGGGGCGGCGGCGGCAGCGGGCACGGCAGCAGCAGCGGCACCAAGUCCAGCAAGAAGAAGAACCAGAACAUCGGCUACAAGCUGGGCCACCGGCGCGCCCUGUUUGAGAAGCGCAAGCGGCUCAGCGACUACGCGCUCAUCUUCGGCAUGUUCGGGAUCGUGGUCAUGGUCAUCGAGACCGAGCUGUCGUGGGGAGCUUAUGACAAGGCGUCGCUGUAUUCCUUAGCUCUGAAAUGCCUUAUCAGUCUCUCUACGAUCAUCCUGCUCGGUCUGAUCAUCGUGUAUCACGCCAGGGAAAUACAGUUGUUCAUGGUGGACAAUGGAGCAGAUGACUGGAGAAUAGCCAUGACUUAUGAGCGGAUUUUCUUCAUCUGCUUGGAAAUACUGGUGUGUGCUAUCCAUCCCAUCCCUGGGAAUUACACGUUCACAUGGACGGCCCGGCUUGCCUUCUCCUACGCCCCCUCCACCACCACCGCCGAUGUGGACAUCAUUUUGUCUAUCCCCAUGUUCUUAAGACUCUACCUGAUUGCCAGAGUCAUGCUUUUACAUAGCAAACUGUUCACUGAUGCCUCAUCUCGGAGCAUAGGAGCACUUAAUAAGAUAAACUUCAAUACACGUUUUGUUAUGAAGACUCUAAUGACUAUAUGCCCGGGAACUGUACUCUUGGUUUUUAGUAUCUCAUUAUGGAUAAUUGCCGCAUGGACUGUCCGAGCCUGUGAGAGGUACCAUGACCAGCAGGAUGUCACCAGCAAUUUCCUGGGAGCCAUGUGGUUGAUCUCCAUCACUUUCCUCUCCAUUGGUUAUGGUGACAUGGUACCCAACACGUACUGUGGGAAAGGAGUCUGUUUGCUCACUGGAAUCAUGGGUGCUGGCUGCACAGCCCUGGUGGUAGCUGUGGUGGCGAGGAAGCUAGAACUUACCAAAGCAGAAAAACACGUGCACAACUUCAUGAUGGAUACUCAGCUGACAAAAAGAGUGAAAAACGCAGCUGCCAAUGUACUCAGGGAAACAUGGCUGAUUUACAAAAAUACAAAGCUAGUGAAAAAGAUCGAUCACGCGAAAGUAAGAAAACAUCAACGGAAAUUCUUGCAAGCUAUUCAUCAGUUAAGAAGUGUGAAAAUGGAGCAGAGGAAGUUGAACGACCAAGCCAAUACCUUGGUGGACCUGGCCAAGACCCAGAACAUCAUGUAUGACAUGAUCUCCGACCUAAACGAGCGGAGCGAGGACUUUGAGAAGCGGAUCGUGACGCUGGAGAGCAAGCUGGAGACGCUAAUCGGGAGUGUGCACGCCCUCCCGGGCCUCAUCAGCCAGGCUCUGCGGCAGCAGCAGCAGCAGCAGCGGCGCAGCGCAGCCGAGGCGCAGGUGGACAGCUACGUGGAUGGACAGACCUACGCCGCCCCGCGCUCCCGCUCCUCCUCCCGGAGGCGGCGCUCCUCCUCCACGGCGCCACCGACGUCAUCCGAGAGUAGCUAGAAGAGAAUCAGUUAACCACGAACUAAGACUUUUUUGCCAUCAUAUGGUCAAUAUUUUAGCUUUUAUUGUAAAGCCCCUAUGGUUCUAAUCAGCGUUACCCGGGUUCUGAUGUCAGAAUCCUGGGGACCUGAACACUAAGUUUUAGGCCAAAAUGAGUGAAAACUCUUCUUCUUCUCCUUCUCCUCCUUUUCUUCUUCCUCCUCCUCCUCCUCCUCCUCCUCCUCCUCUUCUUCUUCUUCUUCUUCUUCCUCUUCUUCCUCCUCCUCCUCCUCCUCUUCUUCUUUUUCUUCUUCUUCUUCCUCUUGCUCUCCUCCUUUUUUCUUUCUUCCAGACGCACAGGGAAUGCACCUAUUAUUGCUAUAUAUAGAUUGUUCCUCCUAUAAUUUCACUAACUUUUUAUUCAUGCACUUCAAGACAGACUUUACUACUACAUUAUAUGA